CCAGCCGCCAAGUCAGAGAGAGGGUCUCCCUCACGGGGGGUGGGGUCCUGACCUUCUAGGGGAGCUGUGGCCCUUCGGGAAGGGGAUGCUAUGCCUCGCAGCCCAGGGGCUGCUGCUGACAAGAAGCACUUGUCUGUGGAAUAUGACUGGCAGGCCACUCUGUUUCCAUGGUUACCAAAUAAGGCAGGUUAGCAUUAGGGCUGCUCAAGAGGAAAACGGCAUUGACGACUGUGCCUGUGCAGGGCCUUCCUCUGGCUUGCUCUCCCCGUGCCCAGAUCGGGUGGGCAACAUUUGACCUGAGAUCACGGGGCUUUCCUUCAAGGGUCCACCUGGCUGCGCAGCCUUGGCUUUUUUCACAGGUGUUUUUCUUGGUGCGGAGGAGUGAGCCUCCAGGACGCCCGAGGGGGCGCCAGAGGACACAGCGCUUGCCCAGAGCUCGGUGCCACCUGCUCAGCCACCCUCUCCAUCCGUCCCAGGGUCGCAUUAGAGAUGCUGACCCCUGUCCCCAGAAGGGCGUGGUGUUUAGAAAGUCCUGGAUACAAGUUGGGUGCUCAGUCACACGUACCGCAUCACCAGAGUGAUGUCACCCCUGCCUCAGGUCGUAACCUUUUUCAUGGGGCUGUGCAAGUGACAGGUUUAAUUCGAAGACAUUACAAAAAUCUCAUAUUUGGUAAUCAGAUACCAGGCUCUAACAAAAGCACAGGCUAGAGUCCCCGGUCCUUUAUUUGUUCUCUGCAAGUGACACGCCAUUCUGGUUCUGUUUCUUUGUAACUAGAAUAGAAUCAUCAUUGCGGGCAGAAUGGGGGGGAAUUGAUCCGUGCGGAUGGGAGGCAUUUAAAAGCAUAACAAGUCAGUGAAGGGCACUUUGCGAAUGCAUGCAAUUAUCAUCUUUAGUUGCAGUAACAACGUGUUAUUUUCGUCUCUCUCCUUGGGCGUUUCAGGAGAAAAUUGAUUAAAAUCUUUGAGUGCUGCUUUAGAGAUUAUUUUUGGUGUGCAACAACAAAAAAAAGAAAGUGCUUAGGAAACAGUUACCUAAUAAGAGUAACUCAUUCUUUAAUCUUGAUGGAACCAAUCCUUUGUGCAUUUUGGAGACUUUUUUUUAGAGUAAACCAAGAAAGCCUCGGGUGACAAGAGCUGUGAUUCUCCAGUGACCUGAGUGUCUUUUGUUUUGCUUUUACUCUGGGCCUGGAGUAUUUGACUCCUUAAGUCUAUGUAAUUUACCUGUCUGAGUUUUUUUUUUUUUUAAUAUUUUUUUUUUCAGGUAUGCAUUUCAUUCACUUUCUGGGGGCAAGGUAUGGGAAUUCAGAGGCUCUGGCUGACUAAUCUCACUGAGUUUCUCUGUGAGAUUUAAGAAGCUUUUCCCCUUUUCCUGACCUGGGGCUGGUGCCUUCCUAGCCUUGUGGGGAGUUUGUUAUUCUGACAGAGCCUGUCAUUUCCUGUCAAAGGGGAACAGCAGGUACAAACUGAGCCCCUCACCUGGUGGUAGUCGGCCUGAUUGGUGAGUCCUCCCCCCAGAACUGCAGGGGCCUUGGGCCCUGGCUGCUCACCUGGACCUGCCCUUGAACUCUGUCUAAUGGAAAUGAGGGCAGGCAGAGACCACUUCCUCAUGGGUCCAGUUCAUGGACAUUGGGGACAGUACUGAGCCCCCCAACUGAGCCAUCUCUCGGGGCGCCUCCAGCUCAGAAUUCUCGUGAGUUGGACCCGCCGUGGUGCCUGCUUCCAGCAUCCCAGGUGGAUUUCCCAGGAUUGCAAUCUGAGCUGCAGUCUGAGCCCCAGAAUCAUGAAGGAGGAGGGGGUGCAGGAAGCCAGUCGAGGGAGCAGAAAGGAAGUGACCCCCAGUUGUCCGUGUGACCACAGGCCCUUGUCACUGCAUCCCCAGUAGGGGUGUUGAUUACGUUGCGCCUCUCCCUGCAGGCAAGCGUGAGAUCUGGGGCUCUGCAGAGCCUCAUUCAAGCACAGAAGCUGCUCACCAGGCCUUGAACAAACAAUUCUCUAUUUUUACAGGCCGACUUGACUUAGUCCAAAGGCCGAGGCCUCCUGAGGAUUUUGCACUAAUCCCGCUGGCUAUUUCUCAUACCUCCCUCCUGCUUCAGCGGUGGUGUUCCUUUCUGGACUGAAUCAGUUCUGUCUCUUCCUCAUUGCAAGUUUCUGCCUGCAUGAAGUUUUAGAAAGUUUCAGGACACAUUCCUUUUCGGAGCGGCCGAAGCCCCAGAAAGUUAAUAUUUGGAACAGUAGGAGAGGAAGCGCUAUAGGCAGAAACCUGGGUUUGAUAUAAAAAAAUAACCAAAACCCCAGAAUUGUUGGGAAUCCACUGUGCCUGGAAUGAAAGAAGGAAAACAAUUACUUUCCUUUGAAGGUGUUGAGAGGGUCUUGGUGGGGCUAAGGCUUCAGCAUGGAGGCUCGCUUGGCGGUGUUGGAUGCGAGGUUCGUGAGCCAGGUCUGGGUUAGGCGGGCUGAGCAAUUACCGCAAAGUGUUUAAAGGGAAGGCGGGGAGCGAGACAAACAGCUGGGUCAGAAGAGGGUACACAGCUGUCCCCUGUCCUCCCAACAGACUGCAACGGCCCGGUGGGUGGGGAUGGCACGGGCCGCUCAGGGUGUUUGCUGACUGACGUGCUAAUUAAACACCAAAAGGCAAUAUUGCUUUGCCAAUAGUGAUGGCUGUGCCCACGUUAUCAGCUGCACACUGGCUGCCGGAGCAUCCUAAUUACAAGUCAACAGUUGUGCGGGUGGGCUGGGAGAGUGGGAUGGAGAUGCUGCCGGGUGUCUCAGGACUUGCAGGAUUGCUCGCAGGGGAAAGUCACACCCAGGUGGCCUUUGGGUCCUUGUCUCAAAGGAGCCUCUGUCUCAUCACAAGGUGGUGUCAUGUGGGCUUCUUGAACUCAGAGGUGCUGGGCUGACAAGCAAACAGACAAAGCCUGUGGGAGCAGGUCGCAGGGUGCCUUCAGCCCUAGGGAGGAAGGGCUGCCUGGUGCGGGGGGUGGAUAAUGACUUCUGCCAGUCUCUAAGUUGAGGGGACAGCGAAAGCCCAAAGCCUCUUCCAGGAGAGGUUAGAGUUUCAUCAGAAGGCGAGCCUGGUCACAUGAGGAUUUCUGGCACCGUGUGCAGGGCAGGCUGGACACCAGCCUGCCAGAAUUCAGCGAGUGGAUCGUAUUGGCUUGAGCAAAGAGGGAAAGUCCCAGGCUGGCCCCGAGAAGGAGCCGCUGCUCACUCCUCCUCCAGCCGCAGCCCUUGGGCGGGAGCAGCACAGCAGCGGUGGCAGCGGGACUGGGGCUUUCAGGCCUGGGACCCCCUUGCUUUUAACCCUAAAGGAAGCGUGUGGUCCAGAGACUGAAAACUGCAAGAUGCCUAAGAAUGCAAGGCUUUCCAUGCCCUCUCGGCCGCUCUGUGCUGCUUCUAUCACCGCAGGUCUUUCCUCGGCAUCAAGUUCUCCAAGGAGAGGCACGUCAUGGACAGGACGCCCGAGAGGCUGAAGAAGGAACUGGAGGAGGAGCUGCUGCUGAGCGGCGAGGACCUGCGCAGCCACGCCUGGUACCACGGCCGCAUCCCCCGCCAGGUGUCAGAAAACCUGGUGCAGCGGGAUGGUGACUUCCUGGUGCGUGAUUCUCUGUCCAGCCCGGGAAACUUUGUCCUGACCUGUCAGUGGAAGAACCUCCCCCAGCACUUCAAGAUCCGCCAGACGGUCCUGCGGCUCAGCGAGGCCUACAGCAGGGUGCAGUACCAGCUGGAGAUGGAGAGCUUCGACUCCAUCCCCGGCCUGGUGCGCUGCUACGUGGGCAACCGGCGGCCCGUCUCCCAGCAGAGCGGAGCUAUCAUCUUCCAGCCCGUCAACAGGACGGUGCCCCUGCGCUGCCUGGAGGAGCGCUACGGCCCCAACCCCGGCCCGACCCGGGAGGGCAGCCUGGCCCAGCGCCGGCCCGACGCCGCCAAGAGGCUGAGCCUCACCGUGAGUGGCACCCACGCCCGAGAGCAGAGCUUGCCCAGGGGCAACCUCCUCAGAAAUAAGGAGAAGAGCGGGAGCCAGCCUGCCUGCCUGGAUCACAUGCAGGACCGCAGAGCCUUGGCCCUCAAAGCCCACCAGUCGGAAAGUUACCUGCCGAUUGGCGGGAAGCUGCCCCCCCAGUCCCCAGGCGUGGGCACAAGCCCCAGCCCCGGCUCACCUGUUUUCAGGACCGGCAGCGAGCCCACCCUGAGCCCGGCGGUGGUUCGGAGGGUCUCCUCGGACACCCGGGCAGGGGAGGCGCUGAGGGGCUCGGACAGCCAGCUGUGCCCCAAGCCGCCCCCCAAGCCCUGCAAGGCACCCAGCCUCAAGGCGCCCCCAUCUCCAGCCGUCUGGCCCCCCUCGGAGGCCAACUACUGCGAACUGAACCUGGCCUUGGCCGCGGGCUGCGACGGGGCCGCCCGGCCGCCCCUGUGUGCCCAGGACAGCUACGUGGAGCUGCUGACGGCCAAGCAGAAUGGGGCGCCGGGACCCCGGACCUCCGACACCAGCUACCUGAUCCUCGAUGACGACGACGGGGCACGGCCGUGGGGGCCGCCGCCGGCCCGCAGGGACCAGGGGCGGGAGGACGAGGGCGCGUUUGUGCGGCCCCUGCUGGAGACGGCCUCCUCCUUCAAGCCCAACGACUUUGAGUCGCAGCUCCUUCCUCCCGAGAACAAGCCCCUGGAAACGGCCCUGCUGAAGCGGGCCAAGGAGCUGUUCGCCAGCCACGACCCCAGGGUCAUCGCCCAGCACAUGCUGAGCGUGGACUGCAAGGUGGCCAGGAUACUUGACGUCUCUGAGGAGAUGAGGAAGAGCAUGGGCGUGAGCUCGGGGCUGGAGCUCGUCACCUUGCCGUACGGCCACCAGCUGCGCCUGGACAUCAUUGAAAGGCACAACACGAUGGCCAUCGGCAUCGCAGUGGACAUCCUGGGCUGCACGGGCACUUUGGAGGACAGAGCGGCCACCCUCCACAGGGUCAUCCAGGUGGCGGUGGAGCUGAAAGACUCCAUGGGGGACCUCUACGCCUUCUCGGCCGUCAUGAAGGCCUUGGAAAUGCCGCAGAUCACGAGGCUAGAAAAAACGUGGACGGCCCUGAGGCACCAGUACACCCAAACCGCCAUCCUCUACGAGAAACAGCUGAAGCCUUUUAGCAAAAUCCUGCACGAAGGCAGAGAGUCUACGUGUGUUCCCCCGAACAGUGUAUCAGUCCCACUGCUGAUGCCCCUCGUUACCUUAAUGGAGCGUGAGGCUGUCACUUUUGAAGGAACUGACAUGUGGGAAAAAAACGACGAAAGCUGUGAGAUUCUGCUGAACCACUUGGCAACGGCCCGACUCAUGGCCGAAGCUGCCGACAGUUACCGGACCAACGCCGAGAGGAACUUGGCAGGUUUUCAACCAGAUGAAGAAAUGAGUGAAAUCUUCAAGACCGAAUUCCAAAUGCGAUUGCUCUGGGGCAGCAAAGGGGCGCAGGUCAAUCAGACGGAGAGAUACGAGAAAUUCAACCAGAUUUUAACUGCCCUCUCACGUAAACUGGAACCUCCUCCUAUGAAGCAGGCAGAGCUUUGAUAACGCGCCAGAGAACGUUAGGAUCGAAUGUCAAGCUUCUCCAGUUUCUCCUUUGGGAAAGCUUAUCAUUUGAUGAAGUAAUCAUGUGCGAAUCUGACAAUAUACAAGCUUUUAGUAUCCACAGGAUAUUAAACAUGUAAAUUGCACAGAGCACACUUAUUUAUGAAUUGUUUAAAAUUACUACUGAUUUUAAAAUGAAUGAUAAUUUAUUAAAGUAACUAUUGCUAAUGUUGUGAUCAGCAAAUCUAAGACCCAGCUCUGCUGGCUGGUUGCUCCCCGUUACUGAGGUAUUUCACCAUUUUCGUUUUAUUGCCAUGUCAGCUAAGUGUAAAUAGAAGAGUUUUAAAAGCAUGAAACAUUUCAGAAGGUAUCAGUUGUAUGAUAUUCUUUAAAUAUGAAAAAUGUACAUAGUCAUAUGCAAAUAUAUCUUUUUGUGAACAACUGUA